AUGUCCCAUCUCGCCCAGGGACAACCUCGUGCCGGCAUUACACUAGCCAGCUGUUUGCAGUGGGCGUGCACCGGUAAGGCUGCUGCUGCUACCAUUGACGCCCAUCUGGAACCCGUUGCUUUUGCCCGCCGCGACAUGUCGAAUCCAACGCCUGCGGCCACGCCUGGGGAAGCCUCCGCCCUGCAAGCGCCUGCACAACGCGCCGGUGAAACAACAGAUUCGUCGACGCCGAGUACUCUACAAGCCGGUGGUUAA